UUUUAUACGUCGUUAUUUAAUCGGGCAUAAAAUUUAAAAAGUAAAAAAAAAAUUUAAUAAUAUUUAUUAAAUUGUUCUUUAUUAAAAAAUAUACUACUAUCUUUUUUUAGUUAAGUGGAAUAAAUAAAAAUAAAAAGGUAAUUAUAUUUUUAAAUAAUUACUAAAUAAGAAAUAAUGAUAAUUUUUUAAAAAUAAAUAAAUAAAAAAACGAUCACACAUGGAACGAGGAGCAAUACUUAUUUUCAAAACAAAAACAAAACCAAAACAAAUCAAAUUAUCAGUUGGUCAAGUUUUCAGGAAGCAUUUCAUAGGCAAUUCUCCCCCUAGGACUGACUAGUCAGCAAUGGUGAUUAUCUGCCGUGAAAUAUCUCCUUUGCCGGCGAACUGCAUAUCGUAUUCACCUUUUGUUCAAGUGGAUAGUUGUUUACCCAGUGCUGCUUCUUGUUUAAGGUUCCCACCCAAGAAUUAUUCACUAGUAGCUAGAUGCUCCUUGAAACCAUCUAUAAUGCGUGGAGCAUUGGUCACUUCUACGCCUCAACAAGUGGAGGUCUCCACAUAUCCUGUUAUUGGUGAAGCCAAAAUUGGUGUUUUGUUGCUUAAUCUUGGUGGUCCUGAAACUCUUGAAGAUGUCCAGCCCUUUUUAUUCAAUCUUUUUGCUGAUCCAGAUAUUAUUCGACUGCCAAGAUUGUUUCGGUUUCUGCAAAGACCACUGGCCCAAUUCUUAUCUGUUGCUAGAGCACCCAAGAGCAAAGAAGGUUAUGCUUCAAUUGGUGGUGGUUCUCCUCUUCGACGGAUAACUGAUGCUCAGGCUGAAGCCUUGAGAAAAGCUCUGUGGGAAAAGAAUAUGCCUGCAAAGGUGUAUGUUGGUAUGCGCUACUGGCAUCCAUUCACAGAAGAAGCCAUUGAACAGAUUAAAAGGGAUGGUAUCACAAAGCUUGUUGUGCUCCCGCUUUAUCCACAGUUUUCAAUAUCUACGAGCGGUUCAAGCCUUCGUCUAUUAGAGAGUAUAUUUAGGGAGGAUGAGUAUCUUGUUAACAUGCAACACACAGUAAUACCCUCCUGGUAUCAACGGGAAGGAUAUAUCAAAGCCAUGGCAGAUUUGAUGGAAAAAGAGUUGAAAAGUUUUGAACGUCCUAAGGAGGUGAUGUUAUUCUUCAGUGCUCAUGGUGUACCACUUGCAUAUGUAGAGGAAGCAGGUGAUCCGUACAAGGCUGAGAUGGAGGAAUGUGUGGACUUGAUAAUGGAAGAACUUGAGAAGAGAAGGGUACAUAAUGCAUAUACUUUGGCCUAUCAGAGUAGGGUUGGACCUGUUGAAUGGCUGAAACCAUAUACAGAUGAGACAAUAAUUGAGCUUGGGAUGAAAGGGGUAAAGAGUAUUCUUGCCGUGCCAAUAAGUUUUGUAAGUGAGCAUAUUGAGACAUUAGAGGAAAUUGAUGUUGAAUACAAGGAGCUAGCAUUGGAGUCUGGAAUUCAGAAUUGGGCACGUGUUCCUGCCCUAGGUGUUGAACCCACUUUCAUCUCGGAUUUGGCAGAUGCAGUGAUUGAAAGUCUUCCAUAUGUAGGAGCAAUGGCAGUCUCAAAUCUUGAAGCUCGCCAGUCAUUGGUCCCUCUUGGCAGCGUGGAAGAGCUGUUGGCAGCAUAUGAUUCACAGCGCAGGGAGCUUCCACCUCCUGUAACAGUCUGGGAAUGGGGUUGGACAAAAAGUGCAGAGACGUGGAGGAAGAGCAGCUAUGUUGGCAGUUCUUGUCCUGCUGGUGCUAGAAGUAACAACUGGAGAAGGAUUCCUGCACCAGUGGGGUAUACUGCCUAUCCCGCUAGCCCCUUACAUCGUACUCUCUCGCUUGUCCUCUUUGAGAAGAAAGUUCUUCCCUCCCGUCCCUGCUGUCUUGCACAUGCAUUAUACAAUUCACAAUAAGGUGGCUGGCUGUUGAGAUGUUGAAAAAGACAGAAAUCAGGAAUGAAUUAAGUAGUAAUAGAAUAGCUAAUCCUUAGAAUGUGCAUCCACUCUUCUCUUCUGUUACCAUAUCGUUCUUCUUUAGUCUAUUUGGCAAACACAACCUCCAUUUCAUUCCCUAAGAGGCCAAGAGAGCAGGUUUUGUGAGAUAUACAGUACAUUGAACUGAAACAGGUAUUCUGAUGGAUAGAGAAGGGUGAGGAAGAUCGUAGGUAAAAUGAAGAAAAGAAACAAAAGAACAAAUUCAUCUUCGAAGGUUUGUCAUCCCUCUGUAAUUUAUAGCAUCUACAUUUCAGCUGUAAAUUUUCCUCUUUUGCUCAAAUCUGUCAUAUGAAUUCCAAAUCCAUGUUGUAACAAUUCUAUGUAUAAGUGCAUAUCGAUUGAAUCCCUAAGAAGCAAGAACAAUACUGUGGCA